AUGAACCCCCACCCACCCCAUCCCAACCCUAUGCCCAUUGACAAGAAAGUGGCAGGACGAAGGUCAUCUUUGGCUGGAACUGGGGGAAGAAAGUGGCAGACUGAAGGUCAUCUUUGGCUUGAAAUGGGGCUAACUACAGUUGUCUUCAAACUAGACCACAUAACUAGCCAUUUUGGUAACCACGUUGGUGCAGGACCUACACUAUCAACUUCAAGAUUGCCAAGUUUUAGGGCCACCAUGUGA